CAUCGGCCCACGAUACCCGAACAUCAACAACAACAACGGCAGUACCAAAUCUAGUGAUUACUCGAGGCCGUAUGAUGGCAAUAAUACCCAAACAGGCGCUGCGCACUCAAACAUGGCGCAAUCACAAGAGACGGGAAAUAAUUCCACUGGAAAUUCUUCGCAAGAGAAGCCGUCUGAAGAGCAGCAGCGGCAGCAACAAGCUGCUGUUAGGACGACUAAAGGAAAGUAUUCCUUGAGCGAUUUCACUAUUUCGCGGACCCUAGGUACUGGGAGUUUUGGUCGUGUACACCUUGUCCAGUCACGGCACAACCUCCGCUUUUAUGCUGUCAAGGUCCUCAAAAAGGCACAGGUUGUAAAGAUGAAACAGGUAGAGCAUACCAACGACGAGCGGCGCAUGUUACAGAAAGUUAAGCACCCCUUCUUGAUAACGUUGUGGGGAACUUUCCAGGAUGGCAAGAAUCUUUAUAUGGUGAUGGAUUUCAUCGAAGGAGGGGAACUCUUUAGUCUGCUACGGAAGUCGCAGCGAUUUCCGAACCCCGUUGCUAAAUUCUAUGCUGCGGAGGUUGCUCUUGCCCUCGAUUACCUGCACUCUCACCACAUAAUCUACCGAGAUCUCAAACCGGAAAAUCUGCUCCUAGACCGGCACGGCCAUCUGAAGAUUACGGAUUUCGGUUUUGCCAAGGAGGUUCCAGACAUAACCUGGACGCUCUGCGGCACUCCGGAUUAUCUAGCGCCGGAGGUAGUUGCUUCGAAAGGAUACAAUAAAUCUGUGGACUGGUGGUCCCUCGGUAUCCUUAUCUUCGAAAUGCUCUGCGGUUAUACCCCAUUCUGGGACGGAGGCAGCCCUAUGAAGAUCUACGAAAACAUCCUCAAAGGCCGAGUCAAAUACCCUGCAUAUAUCCAUCCCGACGCUCAAGACCUCCUCCAACAAUUGAUCACCCCUGAUCUAACAAAACGCCUGGGGAAUUUAUUGCACGGGAGUAGUGAUAUCAAGCAACACCAAUGGUUCGCAGAAGUCAACUGGGAUCGCUUAGCAAAGAGAGACAUUGAAGCCCCAUACGUACCGCCAGUGCGUGGAGGAGUAGGCGAUUCGAGUCAGUUCGACCGGUACCCGGAAGAGCAAGAUGAGUAUGGGGUAGACGAUGGAUUCGAUCAACACGGGCAUCUUUUUGAGGAGUUUUGAUGUUCUUUGUUAUUGCUUCCUUUUUUUACCCUCUCUUUCCCCCUUUUUUUUUCUGUUCUCCUUUUUUGUGCUCCCUCUUUUAACCCUGCGCUCAUGCCUCUGCCAAAAUCCUGACAGCCAGUAACCUUUUACCUUUAGCUUUUUCCUGUUGUCUUACUUUUCUUUUCUUUCGCCCUGGUUAUCUGGCGACGCAACAGCUCUCUUACCGCUAAUACUUCACCGGUUUGUCUGGCCCUCUGGUUGGUUGGGUUCCCAGCAGCGGGGAAAAUUCAAAGGUUGUAUCAAAAAGUACAGUGCACUCGGUAUAUGUUUCUUCUUUUUCUUUCCAAAUCCUCCUUGAGGGGUAAUAAAUGGAAUUGCUGUUUCCCGAUUAUGUCUACUACCAUUUAUGUUUUUCCCCUUUCUUCCUACGCUUUUCCCCUUUCCCUCAACCUUUGCUCUUUCCCAUAUCUCCAUUUCCAGGCACAGACAUUUCCAAAAAUAUAUUGGGAGGUUGCAUAAGAGACAGGCAUAGGCACAGGCACCGGGAGCUCGUGGGCGGGAGGCUGAAUUGGUUCAGGCAAGGUCACGCGACUCUAUGCCUACCGCUCUGACUUGCUACCCGAAAACCAAAAAAGAAACGGCAUUGCCGAUCUAGUAAGGGAAAGAAGGAAGGAAGGAAGGAAAAUUCAUUCUGAAUCUAUUGAUUAUCAUCA